AUGAUCGAUGGGGACGAUCUCAAGAUCUCGUGCUCGGUAGAACUGCCCCUAGGCGAGGCGGCGGAGGCUUUCGAUCUGGAAAAAGCGGUAUGUAGCCAUGGCUUUUUUAUGAUGUCUCCCAAUCGAUGGGACCCUCUCUCUCGCUCUCUCUUCCGCCCUCUCCGAUUUCCUCCGCUGGAUUUUGACGGUGAUUUCGAUGGCUCCGAUUGUGGAGAAGCGCCGUACCCCUCCGCCGUGGUCCGUAUUUCCCAGCACCCGGAGCUUCCGUGCCUCAGCGUCCGGGUUUGUGGAGUUUCGUCUCUCUCAGAGUCGCAACGGAGAGCAAUCGUGGCUCAGGUGAGUAGAAUGCUGCGGUUGUCGCCGGCGGAGGAGAUAAAGGCGAAGGAGUUUGUGAAGAUGAUGACGGAAAACGGAGAAGAGGAGUUGCUGAGGAGUUUCGGAGGCAGGGCUACUCCGCCGCUCUUCGAAGACAUGGUCAAGUGCAUUCUCCUCUGCAAUUGCCAGUGUUUGUUUAUCAUUGUAAAGGCCUUUGAUACCUCUGAAUUCGCUUUAGCUCAUCUUAUCGGGUUUGAUGUUAAAUUUCAUGGGGUUUGUCUGUGCAAUGUUGAUUCUGGUUCUGGUGGGUGGUCAAGGACAUUGAGCAUGGCGCAGUCGUUGUGCGAGCUUCAGCUGGAGCUUCAGUCCAUGGCAUCAAGUGGAUGCCCAUCAUCUGCUGGAGAGAAAGAAGGUAUCUUCGAGCAAAAAAAGAUUUCUGCCUGUCUAAGGAAAAGGCUUGAUGAAUCAAAUGCUGAGGGGGAAUGUCAUGGGCAUGUUAAUACCGAGGAUGCCAUGUUCAAAUCCCAAAUAAGUAACCAAUGUCUAGAUCGUAGAGCCGUUACGGAGUUGAUGUCCAGAGAUUGUUGCAAUGAAGUGCUAGAAGACCAUUGCUGUACCCAGUUAGGAAAUUUCCCGGGCCCGAAAGAGUUAGCUUUUCUCGAAGAAGACUUUCUUGCAAGGCGCUGCAACCUUGGGUACAGAGCAAGCCGGAUACUUAAGCUUUCUCGGGGAAUUAUUGAAGGCGAAAUACAACUGCGAGAACUGGAGAAAGCUUGUGUGGAGCCAAACUUAUCUACCUAUGACAGUCUCCUUGAGCAGCUCCGCCGGCUAGAUGGUUUUGGUCCCUUUACAUGUGCGAAUGUGCUUAUGUGCGCGGGAUUCUACCAUGUUAUUCCAGCUGAUUCUGAAACCAUCAGACAUCUAAAACAGGUUCAUGCGAAAGCGUCUAGCAUUCAAACGGUUACAGAUGUAGUUCAAGCUGUUUAUGGGAAGUACCACCCAUUUCAGUUCUUGGCAUAUUGGGCCGAAGUCUGGCACAUCUACGGACAGCGGUUUGGAAAACUAAGUGAAAUGCCUCGCACCGAUUACAGGCUUAUAACUGCCAGUAACAUGAAGAGCGAAGACCCCCGGAGAAAAAAGAAGAUUAAAUCCUCAUGACAAGUCAUGUCAUCCUCUAAACUUACCAUCCCGUGCGUUAAUAGCUCCCGUCAUUCUCUCUCGUUGCUAUUCACUAUUAUGCUCCGGGGGAUUCUUGAGUGUCAUAGACAUCAGUUUCGACUUUCGAGCAUAACACACAUGAGAUCCACGUGUGUUGGGACAUAUCACCAUAUACUCUCGGUGGAAAAUGGGUAACAUGAUCACAGGUGCUAGCAAGUUUGAUUAGAAGUGUGAUUAGCCGAGGGCAACAAGGUUCGCUUU